AUGACGUCUCUCUCUGCUCCAGUGGAUCUCCGCCGUUUCUUCUCGCCUGAGCUAAUGGUGGCUUUCUCUCUGCUCCAAUGGAUCUCCGCCGCUUCUUCUCGCCUGAGCAACUCAGUCGCCGUUAACUUUCGCCGCCUCUCCCUCGCAAUUUACCACCGCCUCCUAUCCCUUCUCCAUCUCCUCACGAACGAAAGCUUCAUCCUUUCCGCCGGUUCUUCUCGCCUGAGCAAGAUGGCGUCGAAUCCGUUGGUUGAGGCGUUUCAAGGAAGAAAAGCCAUCUCUUUUUCACCAGUUACUAGAUCUCAGGUUUAUGACUGGAGAACCGAUGUGGCUGGAGAACGACAAACAACAGAGCCUGGCCGACUUCACUCCAUCUCUCUCGAAUGUGGCGACUCCAAAUUUGUGCUAUGCUGUCGAAUGUGGUUUGACAAGAAAACGUUUCCGAGCUGCAUCAAGAUACCUCUCAUGAUAUAA